AUGAUUUCCUCAAUGCCUCCCAUCUUCCACGAUGUGGUCAGUUUUGCUCUAGACGCUCGAGCAGACUAUGACCCAUCAGAUCCCCUCUUCAUUGAUGCUCAGGAUCCAGGUCGAUACCUGAAUGGACUGCAAUUUCCUCGACUUGUCCGUACCAUCAUAGCUGGUCUCAAAGCGCAUGGUGUUGGAAAAGGUGACUGCGUUGUUGUCCACACGGGGAAUAAUGUUCUAUACACAGCCCUCUUCCUCGCCAUUAUCGGAACUGGUGGGAUUUACAUGGGAUCAAACCCUCACAGUUCCGUAGACGAGUUCAAUCGCGUCGUCCAGCUAUCGAAACCGCGGCUUAUUAUUACCGAAGAAGACGCUCUCUCUACUGUACUCACCGUCUCCAGCAAGAACAACAUUCCAUCUCAUAACAUUUUCAUUAUCAAUGAUGCAAGCAUCGACGCCACCAUUGCCUUCACUCACGGACAAGGUCAACUCCCUGUCCAAUCACCUGACACUCAAUCCCCACCAAGCAUCGUCUCCUUUCUCUCUCACCAAACCGCUGAUCAUGUCCUGAUCACCGACCUUGAGACCGCAAAAUCUACACCAGCAGCUCUAUACCUCACUAGCGGCACGACCGGCCUUCCAAAGGCCGCCGUCCUUACCCAUGCGGCGCUCAUUGCCCGCCACCACGCAAUCCUCUACACCCCUCCCUACAAAAUCACGCGGCUUGUGUGCCUACCCAUUUUUCACGUCUUUACUUCACUUUGGACACAUCUGUUCCCCGUUCGAUAUGGCCACCCGCUCUACAUCCUGCGGGGAUUCCAGUUACCCGUCUUCCUGGACACCGUGAAGCGGUACCAGAUUAGCGAAACGUACCUCGUGCCUGUCGUGGUGCACGCAUUGAACCAGGCUCCUGCCUCGCUGGACGUUAUUCCAUCGCUAUCUUCACUCCGAUAUAUCGGGCUCUCCGGUGCCCCUAUCGAUCGAGACUCCAUGACUGCAUUCCAGGAUAUCCUGCACCCGAAUGCCUGUGCCGGCCAAGUCUGGGGAAUGACGGAAUGCGGCGUUGUAAUUCAGAAUCAAUACCCCGAAACUGGGAGACUGGGACAAGGGGAUCUAGGUAGCAUUGGGCGUGUUUUACCUGGGUACGAGGCUAAACUGGUCCCCACCACUACUGAUGGUGGCUCCACCGACGAGAGGCCGAACAAAGACACGAUCGAGGGACAGAGGGUAUCUGGACAACUGCUUGUUCGCGGUCCGGGUCUUCUUAGUGAGUAUCUAGGUCAAGGAGAGUCCGUGGUCGAUGACCGUGGCUGGUUCAGUACCGGGGAUGUCGCAUAUGUGAAUGACCACGGUGAGUACGUGAUUGUGGGUAGGACAAAGGAGUUGAUUAAAGUGAGAGGUUACCAAGUGUCUCCUGCGGAAAUCGAAGCCGUGCUGCUCAAGCACCCGCUUAUCACCGAUAUUGCCGUCAUGGGAAUUACCCUUGCUGAUGGCAGUACUGAGGCACCUCGUGCUUAUGUUGUGCGGACCGGAGGCACGAAAGGUAAACUGACGGCAGAGGAGGUGUUUGACUUUGUGCAGCAGCGGUUGGCAAGCUAUAAAGUGCUGGAUGGAGGUGUGUAUUUUGUCGAGCGCAUCCCCCGAACAGUAAAUGGCAAAUUGCAGAGAGGAAAGCUAGCUGAGUUGAACAAACAGAGAGAGCUGCUGGCAGGACUGUUGGGAAAGCUGAAAAUGGGCAAGUAGAUAGCGAUAACUACUAGAGUGUUGGAUCUUGAUCCAUAUGUUGUUGUUAAUAGUAUUG